AUGAACAUCACGUUCUUAUUGAACAUAAUGAGCAUCACGUUCUUAUUGAACAGACUGUUCGAUGAUAUUCAAGAUGAGGCCAUUAUGCGGAAUGGUUUUCCUGUAACCCAUUCUGUUUAUGGACUUCACUACUCAAUAAACGCUGCAAAUUAUUUACAAUUACUUGCUUGUGAAAAACUUAUCAAUUUACAUCCCAUGGCAGUUAAAAUUGUGAUUGAACAAUUUGUGGAAUACUACAAAGGUCAAGGAAUGGAUUUAUAUUGGAAGGAAAAAUUCAUCUGUCCGAAAGAAGAAGAUUACAAUAUUUUAGCAAUAAGAAAGAGUACUUGGAUAAUUAUAAUGGUGGUAAAAUUAAUGAAACUAUUUUCUACUUAUGAAGAAGAUGUAUUGUCACUAGCAAGUACUUUGGGAUUAUAUCGCCAGAUACAUGAUGAUUAUUGCAAUUUACGUCAUGAUGAGGUGAUAAUUGAUAAUUUAAUUAAAUUACUUGAACCAAAUUUAACAAAACUUAUUGUUAUUAUAGGAUACUAA